AAAAAACGUAUACCUCGAAGAACAGGAACGUUGCGGCAGGACUUUGCGCUUCUGACAGAUAGAAAGAGCGAGAGAGAGAGAGAGAGAGAGAGAGAGAGAGAGAGACAGAGAGAGAAUGAAAGAGUGAGGGAACACAGCAGCACGGGACAGUCUACUCGUGGGUACUUUAGUAUGGCUGUAUACAAAAAUACAUGGUUUUCAUUUGGAUAUAUAUUUUAAACAUUAUCUUUAUUUGUAAUGACUUCUUGUUUGGAGUCGCGUGCAACUAUACAUUUUCCUCAAGCGUAAAAUCAGCUGGAUAAUGCGCGUGAGCGAGUCGGCGCAACACACAGCAUUAACGUGCCCGUUUAGGUUUAAAAGUAACGGUGUUUUGGAUACUCGCCCUUAAACGGAUUGUUGACUUUUAUAUACAUUCUCGAGCUUGUUGACAUUUCUGCGGGGACAGAAGGAAAGAUUGCGACUUCAGUUUGACUUAAUGUCACUCCCUUUCACUAUGCUUGGGCACCCUGUCUGAUCUUCUCUCAAACACACGCCACACACAUUCUGAGCACACAACUGCAGCGUGGAGAUGGACAUAUAGUUGGUGAGAAUGUGUUGGCUCUUUGGAUGCCCAGCAUGAAUCAUCAGUAGAUAGCUGUGACUUCUCAGAGUAAAUCCUCUGUCCAGAAUGCCUCCGAAUGACCAACCGCUGCACUAUCAGUGAAAUGAAUGAGUGCAGAGAUGGAUCCUGAAACGUUAAAUCUGAAGAAAAGAUGUAUGCCUGAUCGGUCCUGAUAUUCUGGGAGAAUAUCCAGAGGAGAUAAAUAUCAUUAUUUUGCUGAAAGGAUGCACUUUCUUUUACACGUUUUACAUUUGGAUCACUUGGAUUGAGAACAUCAAGCUGAUCUACAUUACCACACACAGUUUGUAUUACCAAACUUGACACUUUUCAUCUGGACUAUCCUGUGGGCAAUAUUUGAAACUUUUAUCGUUACCUUUUUGUCUUUGGGGAAACUGUCAAAGCGACUUUCUUUUCAACCAACUGCAAUUAUCAGCGGAACUACAGGGAAUUAAGAAAUAUUCUGGUCAAUUAGUCUUAAACACAGGGGAAUAAAUUAAAAAGUCUUCUAACUAUUCAGAUGAGCUGCAAUUGAGGGUUCUCAUGCCCUUGUGGUAAAAUAAGGAACAUUAAAUGAAAUAAUGAGGGCGUAAGAGCAUUAAAGCACAUUUUCGAGGGAGAUUACAUUUACUUCGCUAAAACUCACAGAUAAGAUUAAACACAGAGACUAAUAAAGAGUUUCAAUGCAAUAAAAAUAAAAUUUAAACAACUACAGUAUCUUUAAACAUGAAUCAUUAUUCACAAAUAUCAGUCUUGGUUUUCAUAAUGAAAUCUGAAAGCUGAUAUAAAGCCAUGCAUUAUGGAUCAGGUCAACAGCACAGAUGAGCCCCUCAGCAAUGUCACGGUCAGUCCCACGACCUUUGAACAAUGGGAUGACUCCACACUCCUCGGCCUUCAAAUCUCCAUCUCUGCAAUGUUAGCGAUCGUGACUUUAGCCUCCGCUCUGUCCAACGCCUUCGUGAUCGCCACCAUUUUUCUCACACGCAAGCUUCACACCCCGGCCAACUUUCUCAUUGGCUCUCUUGCUGUGACGGACUUGCUAGUGUCCAUUUUGGUCAUGCCCUUCAGCAUCGUGUAUACGGUCAGUAAGACUUGGACGUUGGGCCAGAUAGUGUGUGAUAUUUGGCUAUCAUCUGACAUAACUUUUUGCACGGCCUCCAUCCUUCACCUGUGUGUGAUCGCGUUGGACCGAUACUGGGCAAUAACCGACGCCUUGGAGUAUUCGAAGCGUCGUACCGUACGACGAGCGGCACUGAUGGUCGUGGUAGUGUGGGUGAUCUCUGUUUCUAUCUCAAUGCCGCCUCUAUUCUGGAGGCAAGCCAAGGCCCAGGAACUUACAGAAUGCAUGGUCAACACCGACCAGAUCUCCUACACGCUGUACUCCACAUUUGGCGCCUUUUACGUUCCCACGGUUCUUUUGGUCAUCCUUUACGGGCGCAUAUACGUGGCUGCUCGUUCCAGGAUCUUCAAAACGCCAGCGACGAGCGGGAAACGUUUCACGGCUGCUCAGCUUAUCCAAAACUCGACGGGCUCCUCGCUUUGUUCCCUGAACUCCACUUCUAAUCAGGAGGGACAGGUUCAUCCGGGAGGUGGUGGCGGUGGAGGUUCCCCUCACUUCACGAACAGUGUGAAAGUUAAGUUGGCCGAUAGCGUCCUGGAAAGAAAGCGUUUGUGCGCUGCUCGGGAAAAGAAGGCAACCAAAACCCUUGGGAUUAUCUUGGGUGCGUUUAUUGUGUGCUGGCUUCCGUUCUUCGUGUUUACGCUGGUGAUGGGGAUCUGUAAAGACUGCUGGUACCACCCUGUGCUCUUUGAUGUCUUCACCUGGCUGGGGUACCUGAACUCGCUCAUCAACCCUGUCAUUUACACAGCCUUCAACGACGACUUCAAACAAGCCUUCCACAAACUCACAAAGUUUAAAAGAUGUUACUGAGAGCGAGAGAAUAUGGAGAAUAUGGAGAAUAUGGAAAUCCACUUCCCGUGUUUUGACAUCUACGUGACUUAAUUAGCCGAAUUCUCCUGAAAAUAUACGAAACCUGUGAACCUUUGCCAUUCAUCUGCUGUGGAGGACGUUACCCGUAUCCAUAGUCUGUAUUUAUUUUCGGGAAACUCCUAAACACGCUCAUAGUGUCUGGUCGAUGUACAUCACUGUUUGAUGGAAUCUAAUGAGACAGCUUGUAAAAUAUCGUGCCAUAUUGUUGAUGCUUCCUUGUAGUUUAUGAAUGCAUGCUAUGAGUCUGAAUCCUUUGCUAGAGAGCGACAUUCUACUCUCUCUGUGAUCAAAAGCUGUCUAUAAACUGCCUUAUGUAACAAAGGAUGAGAAUGAAAGAUAGAGUUUAUUUAAAAAAAAUAAAAAGUUGCAGUUUCCAUAGAAACAAGAAACAGUGCAUGGUCCUCAGAGGACCACGCUGAACUAAACGUUUAUGGACAUUAGCUUAGACUCCCUAAAUAAAACUGUUAAUUAAAGAACAUUAAAAAACAA